AUGAAAUGGCAGCAGGACACAAACAGCAGCAUCACACAUCUCCCCCUCGCCCUCAUCAGCACCAUUACCGUAACUGUACACACAGAGGCGCAGCAGCAUCAGCAGAGCUCACAGGCUGCAGCCAUGCAGCAGGAGCUGUUGUUCAAAGUGUUGGUCAUUGGGGACCUGGGGGUCGGGAAGACGUCCAUCAUCAAGCGGUACGUCCAUCAGAUCUUCUCCCAGCACUACAGAGCCACCAUCGGGGUGGACUUCGCCCUGAAGGUGCUGCAGUGGGACCACGACACAGUGAUCCGGCUGCAGCUGUGGGACAUAGCAGGACAGGAGCGGUACGGGAACAUGACUCGUGUCUAUUACCGGGAGGCGGUGGGAGCACUUGUGGUGUUUGACGUAUCGAGGGCCUCUACGUUCGAAGCUGUGCUGAAGUGGAAAGACGACCUGGACUCAAAGGUGACUCUAAACAAUGGGAGGCCAGUUCCCGCUGUGCUCCUGGCCAACAAGUCCGACCAGCUGGGUUCCCAGCAGCCCAAACUCGACUCCUUCUGCAGGGAAAAUGGCUUCGUCAGCUGGUUCGAGACCUCUGCAAAGGAAAACACAAACAUCGAGGAGGCGGCCCGCUGCUUGAUCAAGCACAUCCUGGACAUUGAGGAGAGUACGAUGAUAGAGCGAGACCCCGGCUCUCUCGUCCUGUCCGGAUACGCCAACGCCACAAAGGAUCACCUCAAAUGCUCGUCCUGUUCGAAAUGGUGACGAGUUUCCGCCCAAACCAAGGAGUUAACAGCUGUGAGGCCACGGCCACAGAGAUGGGUUCAGCUCAGGGACUGUGUUCACUCUGCAAGCCAAUGUGUUAUCUGUCACACAAAAGAAUGGGUGUUGAAGAAAUUACUGACAUUUUUUCCAAAAUAUUCUAAAAAAUGUGUUGUUAUUUAAUAUUGUGUUGGAACUAUUGGAAAUACUCAACUUUAUAUUCUUUAUAUUUUUUGUCAUAAACCAAAACAUAUAUUUCACAGCCAUGGAAAAAAAAAACAAUUUGUUUGCCUUCCUUUUCCACCACAGAAUUUUACAGAGUCUUAUUUUAUUUAUAUUUAUAUAAUAUUAUAAAUAGGCUAUAUAUCCUAAUGUUUAAUAAAUCACUACAUUGGUAGAAUAAAUUCUAGUACACAUUGUGUUUGAUAUGCUCAGUUUCCGCAUCCUUCUUUUCUUGCUUUGACCAUAUCUGACACUGCAACUCUGACAUUUGGCUGAA